ACAUUACUCAAAUAGCCAACUCUACUUUGUUGAAUUCAAACCCUUCAUAUCUUCCUCAAUUUAUUACAUCAGAAAUUUCUCAACUACCACCUUUAUCACCACCUCCAUCAUUUAUUCUAGAAGAGUUUUUGAAUUAUUCUACAACUGUUGAUCAAAUUUUUUCACCUGAUCUUGAUUAUAUUGAACCAUAUGAUUUGAUUGAAUUUAACUUUUUGAUUCCAUGA